AUGGCCCCUCUGCCAGCCCUGGGGUCCCUUUGGCCACCUGCAGGGUCUCCAGUGGCCCCUCCCCCAGCCCUGGGGUCCCCUUGGCCACCCAUGGGGGCUAUGGUGGCCCCUCAACCAGCCCCGGGGCCCCUUGGUCACCUGCGGGGUCUCCAAUGUCCCCUCUGCCAGCCCUGGGGUCCCCUUGGCCACCUGCAGGGUCUCCAGUGGCCCCUCCACCAGCUCCAGGGUCCCCCUGACCACCCGGUCCCCAAUGACCCCUCCACCAGCCCCGGGGUCCCCUUGGCCAUCCCUGUAGACCCCAACGGCUCCUCAGCCAGCCCUGAGGUCCCCUCAACCCACCCUAGAGGCCCCUCAACCUUCCUGGGCAUCCCCUUGGCCCUUCCCAAGGGUCUCCCAACCAUCCUGGGCGUCCCCUUGGCCACCCGCCGCGUCCCCGGCACCCGCUGA